CCGAAUCGGAUGCAUUCCGAACCACUUUCCCAUAACGAACUGAAAUGUCGCGAUUGUCUUUUUGGAAACAAACCCACUAAAGUUUGGGAGGAACUCAACCAUGGACCAUACGCCUGGAUCUUCAAUAUCGACAUGGACGUUGCGCACUCCGAAGAGCAAUUCCGACAACCCAUUGCACAGUAGAUACUACUACGAGCGUCUUCUAGGCCCAAACGAACUUGGAUUUUACUGGGACAGUGCAUAUCGGGGAACAGCAGAUACUCUACAGCAUGCUACCGUUGAAGAAACAAUUCAAUCGCAACCACAAACACAUCUGAAUACUCAGAGCAGGGAAAACGUACACGCUGCAUGGGUCACUCUCAAGACUCGUUAUCCUCUCCUUGGUGCAAUCAUUGAAGAGCGUCCGAUUAAAAAUUCUGUUCCCAUUUCCAUGACCCUCCCACCAGUUGACGAAGCCGAAGACUUAUCUUCCGGGCCCGUACAAAGUACUCCCAAGGAACACAUAUAUUUUGUUGUAGAUCCAGCACGCCUAUAUACAGCUGAAUCUCCACAUGCUCACCCGCGGGAGGUAGUGUUUCUCUCCUGUGACUCAGAGGAAGAAGUAGAAUUUUUAGCGGAAGGAAUUAUCAACGGAUUCGGGUGGCGAGAUGUACAGGCUUGGGAAGAAGGAGAUAUCCCUCAAGGUAGACCUUUUUCGUCAAGACUUCUAUCCAACUCCCUCCCAGCAUGUCUUUUUUUCAUUCGGCGUACCGAUUGUCCGUCGACGUUCCAUGUAAUGAUCCACGCCGCACAUCUGAUCACGGAUGGCAUUGCAAAUUCAACUCUUUUAUCUGAAUUCUUGGACUUGCUCUCUCGUGGGAGCGGUCUGGAUAGUCUAGUUAACGUCCCAGAUAAGGGAGCAUUGGAGGGACGUCUCAAGCUAAGCAUAUCUUCAGAAGCACUUUAUCCUGAUGAAACACCUAACUACUCCAAAGCCAAGCGGAGAUGGCACAGGAUAUUGGGGAAGGUGCUUCUUGAAUUAAGGAGUGCAAAACUUUCGGGUGGACAUACCCUCCCUCGCAUUCUUCGGCCUUCCACCACUUACACACCAGCUCAAUCUUCCUACAUCACCUACUCCUUCACCCCGUCUGAAACAGCCACUAUUCUUGGCAGGUGUAAACAACUCGGAAUAACAUUUGGAAACGCACAUCCUGUCCUGGGACAAGUCGCGGUCGCUCGCGUCUUGUUGCGCAGACGACUGCGCACUUUGUCAAAAAAACGGCAAGGGAUUCGCAUUGAUUCGAGUGAAGACAUCGACGACGAUGAAUGGGCCUAUCGUCGACGCGAACCCAUGAUGACUGGAGGUCCUGCAAACCUCCGACCCUACCUCGAUCAGAAUUGGUACUCCAGGGGUGGAGCAGGAAAUGUUUGUCUGAGUAUCAGCUAUUUCUUUUUCACUCUCCCUUUCAUGCCAAUCGGGGAGGUAGGUGAAUUGGCAGACGGAAAUAAUGAGGGAAUUUCAUCCGGCGACAUCAAAAUCCCGCCAUUUGAAAAAAUGCUAUCCAGGGCACGAUUCCUUCUGAGAUGCAACAACAUUAGGAGUCAAGCUUCAGAAAUUUUUCAUCACCCAAGAUUUUUGGACAUACAUGUUGCAAGGAUACCAAUGCGUAUCAAGAGAUGCAGACACGCGGCACUAGUUUUUCGAAAUGAUAUCAUUAGACCUGAGGUUGGAAGUGAUGCGUUGAUUCCACCGCUCGAGCAACCUGAAGCUGGAGGAGGAGCUGUUAUAGCACAUGGAGGUUCAAGUUUCGGAAAUUCUGAUCAUUUAGUACCACCGUAUUAUCCUCAUUCUGCAACUGCUGAGUCAGCUCCGAUCCUUCACCUCAUCAAAGCUACUACACGUCUGCGCUGUCGCCCAACUGAGCUUUAUCUCGGUGCUGCAACUGCUCGAGGACGGCUCAGUUUGAAUGUGUUCUGGGAUGAGAAUGUUUACAAACGGGAAGUUGUGAAGGAGUGGUUGGACGAAGUGAGAGAAGCUACGAAGUGGUUUUUAGGUACAGGUGAGGCGGAAUUCGGGAAAGGCGGAGGUGUUGCUCCUCCGGUUGUAGUAAUGGCAAAGAUGUAGCAUUGUACCGACUGUCGAUCCUCUUCUUGUUAUUUAUUUUCAAUGUAGCAUUUUUUCACCAACCAUGAUUCCCUGCGUGAAUACUUACUAUAUCAAACUGAACUUUUACUUCUCCAGCUUCCGUUUCAAUGAAAUCAACCUAUGGAUUGUCUGUACGCUGCUUGGCCUAUCGUAUAUCA